CUAUAUCUUUUUUAUUAGGGUUUGUUCCCCGUUUCUGCCACCACUUCAAUCGCCUGUUUCGUUCGCUUUUCUCUUCUUCGAAAUCCAGCAAUGGCAUCGGAGAAAAAGCUUUCCAAUCCCAUGCGAGAGAUCAAAGUGCAGAAGCUGGUGCUGAACAUCUCAGUGGGGGAGAGCGGUGAUCGUCUCACGAGAGCUGCGAAGGUGCUCGAACAAUUAAGUGGACAAAUUCCUGUGUUCUCUAAAGCAAGGUACACUGUUCGAUCAUUUGGAAUCCGUCGCAAUGAAAAAAUUGCUUGCUAUGUCACUGUUAGAGGUGAAAAGGCGAUGCAACUCCUGGAGAGCGGUUUGAAGGUUAAGGAGUAUGAGCUUUUGAGGAGGAACUUCAGUGAUACUGGAUGCUUUGGAUUUGGCAUUCAGGAGCACAUUGAUCUUGGAAUUAAGUAUGAUCCUUCAACUGGCAUAUAUGGAAUGGACUUUUAUGUCGUGCUGGAGCGACCUGGUUACCGAGUGAGCCGUCGACGCCGCUGUAAGUCACGACUCGGCGUUCAGCACCGAGUUACUAAAGAAGAUGCCAUGAAAUGGUUUCAGGUCAAGUACGAGGGUGUCAUUCUCAACAAGUCUCAAGCCAUCACCAAUGCUUGAUAAGCUUAUUUGUUGUCAUGGUUAAAGUUAUUUUUCUGAGAAGAUAUUAUUCUCUUUGCCUGCCAAGUUUCCCUCUGCUUAUUUCAUAAAACUGGAGCGAAGUUAGUUAAAUGGAUGGUUUUGUUUUUGGAUUUUAUUCGUCAGCUUUUUUUCAUCUCGUC